AUGCUGCUGAAAAAGAAAAGUGAAAAACUAAAUGAAAUGGAAGACAAAGAUCAGUGUGAGAAAAAUGAUUUCACUGGAGAAAAUUUGUUUAGUUGCCCACAAACUAAACCGACUUCACAAAAGAGAGCUCAAAACACAGGAGCUAGAAGUCAUUUCAUCUGCCAACAGUGUAGAAAGAGUUUCACUAAAAAAGCAAGCCUCGAAAUCCAUUUGAGAAUUCACACUGGAGAGAAGCCUUACACCUGCCAACAAUGUGGAAAAAGUUUCAUUAAAAAAGCAACCCUUAAUAGGCACAAGAGAAUUCACACAGGAGAGAAACCUUACACAUGCUCUCAAUGUGGACUAAGUUUCACUCAAAAAGGAACCCUUAACAGGCACAUUGCAGUUCACACCGGAGAGAAGCCUUAUGCCUGCAAACUGUGUGGAAAUAGUUUCAUUCGAAAAGGAGGCCUUAAAAACCACAUGAGAAUUCAUACUGGAGAUAAGCCUUAUACCUGCCAACAGUGUGGAAAGAGUUUCUGUCAACAAGGAAACCUCAAAGUCCAUAUGAGUAGUCACUCUAGAGAGAGAUAUUUCAACUGCCACCAAUGUGGAAAAAGUUUAACCAAAAAAGCAAGCCUCGAAAUCCAUUUGAGAAUUCACACUGGAGAGAAGCCUUACACCUGCCAACAAUGUGGGAAAAGUUUCAUUAAUAAAGGAACCCUUAAAAGGCACAAGAGAAUUCACACUGGAGAGAAACCUUACAUCUGCCCUCAAUGUGGACUAAGUUUCACUCAAAAAGGAACCCUUAACAGGCACAUUGCAGUUCACACCGGAGAGAAGCCUUAUGCCUGCAAACUGUGGAAAUAAGGGCCUUUCGCA